CUGUACUCCGGUCCGUAUAUGUUUCUUGAAAAUACUGUUCAAUACUGUUUAGUUAUUUAGAUGAAAUAUGGCAGUAUUAAGAACAAGCAGAACUUAUUGUGAGGUUUUUGGUUGUGAAACAUUCUACUCUAUCGAUUCAAAUAAUAGUUUUCAUGUAUUACCCAAGGAAAAUGAAACAAAAGUCGUAUGGGUUGAAAAACCCGGAAAAAUAGAAUUACAAGUGACGGAUUUUCCAAGAUGGCGAUGUCGGUAUCAAAUAAUUUGUAUUGACGUGCCGUAUUUUUUAUGCGGUCGAAACGGCGAAAAAAAACCAGAUAAGUCGGGAGUAAUGAAUGUCAGAAGUUUAGGCCUACAGGAAAUAUCAGACAGCUGUCAAUUUAUAACCAGGUAAGUUUGGGUUAAUACACGGCUACAGCCUUAGUUAACAAUCUAAUAUGAUAUUAUUAUGUUGUGGUUGUUAUAUUUCAAUGUGCAACCGUCAGUCUAGUCCGAACUUUUUACUCUGUGAAAAAAUAAAUCGGUACGUUUUUAAAUUGAAAAGACGUUGUUCUCAGUUUGAAAAAAAAAAAGUGACUUUUCUGAUUUUUUUUUCCCUGUAACCUUCAUGUGCAUAAAUAUUCAUGUUUAAAUAUUAUAAAUAUUUAUAUAAAUAAAUAAAUACCCUCCGUAAAGUAUUUUAAUUCCCCCCGUCCCAGUUGGGAAACGCUGCACAUAGAGGUUACCCAUAUUGGGUAUUUGGUAGCUCUGUAUUAAAACUAAUGAAAAAAACAAUAUUAUUCAAAUCAAUAUCAACGACAAUAACAAUAAUGUAGUUGAUAUCGAUACGGCCUAUAUUUUAUGAUACGGAUACAAGCAAAUACCGUACGUCGACAGCCAUGGGCAUUUGCAGCCUAACGUCGGCUCUCGUGAAUUUAUUUAAAUUUAAAAUUGAAUUAAAACAAAUGGUUUUUUUGUUUAUUAUUUAAAAAUUUAACAAUAUUAACGCAAUUAAUAAUUCAUUAACGACAUUCGUUCGUCUUCAUUGAUUGAUUCGUUUAUUUCAUUCAUAUUAAUAAUUAAAAAUAAUCAAUGAAAAAUUAAUAAUAUGACGAAUUAUACCCGAUAUCUGCUGUUCGGUGUAGCUACAAUAAAACAAACAUAAAAAUGUCCGUACCGCGAAAAACAGAUUACCCUUGUUGUAUAUUAAUACAUCACAAACACGCAUACACACACGCUUUAAGUUUUUUUUUUGUUAAAGAUUUUAGAUUCCGAGCGUAGCUAAACUCGGAUGCGGGGUGAGAAAACCGUUCGCGCCUAGAUGGCCAGAUCCCGGCCGCGUGGUACACAUCUUAUAUGCGCUCUCCUCCCGAGGAGUCUUAGACGAAUAUAGCGUUAAGCGCAAUUUAAUCCGUGCGCUAUUCAAACUAUCGUCAGUAAUUGAAAUCGAGAAUAUCCGAACACUUAUCUAAUGUUUAUAGGUACGUGUACGCAUUAAAAACGCUUUCGGUUUUAUAAUGCGUCCGACAAAUAAAAGCGGUUGUCGUCAUUAAUUUAUAUUGUCGUUGUUGUUGUAAAACAGUUUUACGACAUGGACGAUGGAAAUUAACGUUUACCCGCCGUAGGCACAACCACGCGCGAGUGGGUAUGUAAUAGUUUUAAAAAAAAAAAAUUAAAAUAAUAAUAAUAAAAUUAAAAUUCCAGCUACUAGGUACCUAUAUAAAUUACAGAGUUCCGUUUUUUUUUUUUUUUUUAUGUAUCGAAGUGGACGAUGCUCGCGAGAAUUCUCCGCGCACGUAAGCCCGUAAAACGAAACGAAUAACACGAUGAAGUGCGGUCGGACGAGGUGCGCUGUAUAAUGUUAAUAGUAACGACGCGCUACCAAAAACCGUCGGAAUCAUUUUCGUUAUUGUAUUAAAGCAUCGUGAUAUCAUAAUUAUUGCUAUACACACGUAGGGGCACCGUGUAAUAAGACAUUUUACGAUUCAUUUACGCAUUUUUUAGGUAUUCUCUUUCGGCGCGAAUUCGUGUGCGAUGCAUGUCCGCCGCCUACAGAGUGAUUAUCUUAACACGUUUCGACCUAGCGAACCGCCCACCCAUCAGAUAUCCGACGAUUUUGAGUAAAUUUAAUUUAACCGACACGGAAGCGCGUUUGACGAUUGUCGCAUUAAAAACGUAUUAUAUGUUCAAAUAUCGUGCCUUUAUUACCGUCAGAGCACGCAGACGUUUUUCUAACGGGGGGGGGGUGCAAUGCCCCUGUGUUUAUUAUAUGCACUAUAAAACGCGCGAUGAACCGCGACGAAAUAAUGAUGAGGUCCCAUCACCACCAGAAAAUCACGGAGGACGGCGGUAGUUAAAAUUCUAAUCUUAUGAGACAAUAUUAUAAUUAUUUCUCAUUUUCGUUUUAGAGAAAACCGUAAACCUCUGUUAUUAUUCUGACCCCUUAUCACGUGAUUAUAUCGCUCCUUUUGCCCACGAUUCAAGAUAGUAAUACUAUCUUAAAUUGUGGUUCAGCCAAAUGCAAAUUCACAAAACACCGACGUCCCUUUCAUACACUCGAUAAUCUACUCGAGGAUAAUCUCGGAAAGAUUAUGAUAGCACUGAUAAUCCUAAAAUUUAACCAAUAAUGAUUCUAUUUGACCUCAAAAUAACACGUCUUUAUCAAAAAUCGCCGAAAAAUAUGGGAAUUGCUAUUUGAAAAUGAACAGUUGAUAAUAUUAUUAUAUGUGUACGACACCUCUUAUGAUGACGCGGUACUCCGUUAAAAUGCUAUAUUUUUGAUUAUAUUGCAAAUAGUAAGAAUUUAUAAAUGAUUAUGAGUUACAUUUGGUUGAAAUUUAUACGGGAACAAAAGUUAUCAUGAUUCAAAAACCUAACCUAACCUCAGGGCCGGAUUUAGAAUAGGUGCCGCCCUAGUCCCUUUUAAAGACGCCGCCCCUUCCAUCAGAAAAAAAAAAUGUAUUUAUUAUUAAUAAAUAAAUUUCAUAAUAAACAAAUAAGAUCAUUAGUAAUUAUAAAUUUUAAUAAACAAUAAUACAUUUUAGAUUUUGAGUGAAACGAAGAAGCUUAUGGUUUUACAGAGAUGUUUAUUUUUUUUUCUGUAGAUAACUUUUCUACCGGAGAUCUUGCUUCGACUUUUAUGUGUAGCAUCUUUUCUCGAAGGAAAUCGGUGUGGGGAGGUAGUUUAUGUCAUUUUUCGAUUUUCUUAGGAGUUUUCCCAUAAAACGUGAAAAACCGGGAAGUAUCAUGGGAAAAUCGUAAGAAAAACGGGAAAAUCAAAUCAAUAUUAAAACAAAUAUUAUUAAAGAAAAUAUAUAAUUCCUGUUUAGUUAUUUAAUAUUUUACUAUAAUAAGACGUAUUGUUGACAAAGCAUCACUAAUAACUGAAUUCCGCUCAGAAUCGCUUUUUUCGUAAACAAUGGUUUAUUAUUGCCUACAGGUGUACAUUGAAUUCCCUACUGUAUCCUACCUUCCCGGCUUCCUUCAACAGUGGCUGCACCCACGUGCGAAGCAUGUCCAUAUUUUUAAUCUUAUAUGUUAUUUAUAACAUUUUACGACGGACUUUUUUUGAUGCGAAAUCGUCGAUUAUAUGAUUUUUACUACGAAGCAUCUCAGACUCUAUAUGUAAUAUCCAUGUCGCGUUUACUAGUUGCAUAAUUGCACUGUCGCAAAUAGUGUUUGACAUUUGUGGUGGAGGUAGCUGAUCUUUUUUUCUACUCUUCUUUACUCUGUAUUUACUCCAUUAUGUAUAGUGAUGAAAUCAUUAACGCCCGUGGUUACUAAGCUCCCCCCCCCCCUUUAUAUAGCUGUAAACGGUCGUCUAAACAUGUAUUAUAUCAAAUGUAUUGAACAUUUUCGUAAAUAAUCGCUGGUUUAGUAUAUGAACUUAUAAUACGAUAAAUAAUCACCCUGUACAACGUGAUAUAUUGACAGUCGUUAUAUUAUUCUAACUAGUAUCUCCUGCUUGGCCACUUAAACGAUAUUUUGAGCUACUCGUUUUGACGGCGGCAACAUUACAAUUCCGCUAUGACUAAGUGUUAUUUUUAUUAGGUCUUGUGUGUAUAUAUGUAUACGAUAAAGUUCAAUAAAUAAAUACAGUAAUGUAUAGGUGUAUUCGCAUUAUCGGUGAAACGAUUAUGAAAUGAUGACCUGGAAACGAAAAUCAAACAUUGGGUGUUUUUGUUUCAAAUUUUAAUCAUUACUUUUCAAUUAUCUCACGAUAACGACAAUAUAGUGUCUAUAGUACCUAUACGUGUAUUACACUAGCGACCGAUAAAUUUUCGUCAAGAUUAACAGAGCAAUAUUAUAACGAACGACGUGGGCUGUUGUAGGCGUACGCGUGUUUCUAUUUUGAUUGCCCGACAGCGUCAGUGUGACAGUUUUUUUUUUUGAGAAUAAAGUACAAAUUAUAAUGAACCUCCUGUUUUUUUCAAAUAUUCUUGUGUGGUCAAACGAUUAUAUUCACCAACCAAAUAAAAGCUACGUGAAAAACACGCAAAUAAAAAACGCCUAUGAAUAGCUUUGACUAAAUCUAAAUAAGUUUUCUGUCAAAAUUUCAAGUCUAUAGAGACCAAUUUUAUUCAUAGGAAUAUCAUUUUCAACCGAAUGAAAACAAAAAACAAAAUUGAAAAUAUUAAAACAUUUCUGUAAACUUUCCCGUUCUUAUUUCUGCGUUUUCUUUUGGUUUUGUUCAAUUAUUAUAAAAACUACAAAGAAAAAAAAAAAAAAAAAGAGACUUUCUUGUUCACCAACUAGAUUAUAAAUUUGUCGUAAAAGAUAUCCUGUCAUUUUUCUAUUGAAAAAAUAUUUCUGAUAGAAUACAUAAAACGUAAAAAAUGUAAAACAAAAGAAAUCACAACGCUAUACACUUUUCUGAAAGGAGAUCGGUGUGGGGAGGUACUAUGGGGAAAUCAUUUUUCGAUUUUCUCGAGCGUUUUCUCAUCGAAUGUGGAACACCGGUAAAACCGGUACAACAUUAAACAAAUAUUAUUAUAUAAUGCCUAGUUAGUUAUUUUACUGUAACACGACACGUAUAUAUUAUUGACAGAGCAUCACUGUCAAUUCAACUAUCGUUUAUCGUUUAUCGUUGCUUACUGGUGUACAUUAAAUUACCUACAACAAUGGUUGCGUCCGUCCCCGUUAUCCCGGGAGAGCUCUUUCAUCCUCGUAUCUCGGUCGAAACUUUCAAGAUUUAAUUGCUAAAUAAAUAUUGGCAUAGUCGCUGCGCGUUUUAUCCAAUAUGGAGGGGAUGUAACCAUUGACCUUCCCCCCCCCCCGCUGAACACGCCUUUUUUCAAAAAUUUUAAGCCCGAGGUCGCCCGAUUUGAAAAACCGACGACGCCGGCGCAUAAACUAAUACAAUCCGUUCGUUAUUUUAUGGGAGUGUUUUUUUAUAUUGUGGACGUGCGUCAUUAUUGAUUUUCGGUUCUAUCGUCGUAUUUAUACGAUUAGAACCGCAACGAUUACAUGCCGCAUUGAUAACAGCAAUUCGCCAUCAUGCAGAAAUAAUAUUCAUAGACAUAUUAUAUAAGCGGGGUACCGGUGUAAUACGACCACGGCGCCUAACGACGAAUAUCAAAGAAUCCGAAAAAAAAAAAAUUAAUAAUAACAUUAUCGGCUCACGCGCACUCAUUGGCGAACGGCGAAUUUAUGUAUACGGCGCUGAUUGGCGGCCGCGUUGUUUGUGCAACGUUCAGAAGAGGACGAAGAAAAAAGAUAGAUUAUUAUUGUGCGUAUACACCGUGAAACAGAAAGAUUACUUACACGGGUCGAACUUCAGAUUACAUCGCACGCAGAGAUCUCGACCGCGGCCGCGGUAUACUCGCACCGUGCGGUCCGUCAUUGGGGCGCGUCGUUUCAAUGUUCGUUAAACGCCGCGGCAGAGUUCCCGAAUUCUCAUUUGCCUGUACCGAAGUCGGGGAUUUUUUUUUUUUUAAUGGGAGCCUGAGGGGUUUUCGUCGCCCCCUCGACGUUUUCGGGAACGGGGGCUGUAGAACGGAAUCCGUCUUCCGCCCCCCCCCAAAAAAAAGUUUCUAUUUGCUCGCCUUCCCACCCCGCCUCUCCCGAUCGAAAGAACGGGCUGUUUUUUUUUUCAUUCCGAACCUCCCGAUUCGUUUUGUACGACUUCAAAAUGCCGGUAACGUCUCCUCGGAACGGAGACGCGAUUUGGCGGGGUUUUGCGCGCGGAGACGUCGUCGUGUCGGCUUUCGAAACGGACGGACGUUGUUUGAAAACCGAUUUCGUGCCGCGGCGAUACGGGUAAAAGCGAUUUUCCCUGACGAGCGAAAAAAACCCAUGCGCGAUAAAAAAAAAAAUACGAAAAAAAAAUAUAUUAAAAAAAGAACACACACACACACACACGCGCGAGCGCGCGUACAAAUACAAAAGUCCCAAUAAUUAGUGGUUCUACACACUGUCGCACGCAGCGUAUUAGUGUGUGUUAUACGGUGCACACGCGGCGCGUCUAUGUACACACGCGCGCACGCACGCGCGCCCGUAUCUAUACGACAGACAUAUCCAUAAGGAUCCGGUGCGGCGGAUAAGAGGCCGUCUUAUCUGUCGCCUUCGACGCCGCCGACGACGUCGCCGCGGAGUGUUCGGUUCGGCCGUUCAGUGCGCUCUGCUUAACCGCGCGGCAACAACAAUAAUUAUACGGACGACGGUGAUUUACAUCGCGCCAUACGCCCGCCAAUAACAACAACAACAACAACAAACAACAUACCGAACGGGCCGAUACGCUUGUCCUCCCCCGUAGCCCACCCCUGCCCAACCCGUUCCCCGACGGUCGAUCGUCCCGCGAUUAUUAUAUUAUAAUCGCCUUUCCCCCGUGGCGGCUGCGGCGGACCGCGACUAAAACCGUAACGGCGACCACCAUGUACCACGCGCACCACGACCACAGCGUCCUGACCGGCGGCGACCCGAUGGUCUUGCAGCAGCAGCAGCAGCAGCACCAUCAUCACCAGGACCAUCACGGCGGCGGCGGCGGCGGUGCGACUUUCAUACCGGUCGUCGAUCAGCAGCAGCAGCAGCAGCAGCAGCAACACCAUCACCACCAACACCAACAUCACCACCAUCACCUGCAGCAGCAGCAACAGCACCAGCACCAGCACCAACAACAGCAGCAGCCCGACCAGCAAAGCCAUCACGACGACCAGAGCAUAUUGCAACACCACGAACCCGCCAACAAUCCGAUCAAUGGCGGCGGCGGCGGUACCGUGGUGGUACCUUUCGGCCCUCUGCAAGAGCCGGUGGUCGGCGGCGGUGCCGGUGCCGGCGGCGGUGGGGUUCAAGCCGGAGCGUACGAGACCAGCUGUUGGCAGAUACUUCCGCCCGACUAUCCGUACGACGACGACCUGAGAUACGACAGGUAAGCCGGAUGUAAUAAUAUUGUAGUGUUCGGUCGGCUAUACUGUAGCGUGAUCGAAGGGCCGCGCGCUGCGAUAACUACUGCAGAUGACGCCGAUUUGACGGAUCCGCGACUUUUGUCCGUGAUUCGUAAUAUCCUGGUAUCGCGGUGUGCACUAGUAGUGAUAUCGUUAAUAUUGUUGCGCGGAAAUUCGACCGCGAGUCUUCUUUGGCGGCGAUCUUGAAAUUUAGUCUCGUCUUUUUAUAAACGUUUCGAAACACGGUUGAAAAACAGUAAUUAGAAUCUUCUGUUUUUUUCUAGUUUUAAACAUGUACCGCGAAUUAGUUCCGUUAUUAUUUAAUGCGCAUCCGUCGGCAACGCGUUGUUCGUCUGUAUCUGUUCUAAAAGUAGACGAUUCUUUUUUUUUCAUUUUUGAAAACUCGUCGUUAUGCAUUGACUUUGAAAAACGCCAACCGAACGUGUACACAACACGUGCUAACCGGAAGCAUCCAUUAAAGGCGAACGGUUAAACGUACUAUUUUGCCGAGCGUCUAUUGCGGCAGUGCUUUUUUCCUGCAGAAUCGUUGGAAUCCGUAUCAGGCUGCGUGGCCAAAAACAUGUUGACAAUGCCGCAACUCGCGAUUCUGGAGAGACGCGCCCUGAGGAAUCGAAACUCGGGGUUCCUUAAUACGGUUCUAGAAUAAAUCGGCGAACGACGUUUUGGCGAAAAAUGAAACAGUAAUGGAUUUGUUAGACGCAACGCGAAUCGAAAAAAUAUAUAAAAAAAAAAAAACAAUUUUGUUCGUAUAACGUACAAAAUACGUGCAUCUUUUUCAGCUCGACUAAUCGUCGUUCGGCCACAUUCUUCUCGUCACGCAAACUCUGAUAAACCCUGACGAGAUCGCCGGGCAUCUGUCGUGAUAACCGGCCGGUGGCUUCCGUUCGGCCCGCCAAACCUGACGUUAUCAAUAUUAUUGUCGUACAGAGCCGCGGUAUUCGGCUCGUAACACCGAGGAAAAUAAUAAAAACCGACAGCGUUCCCGCUUUUGAAGUGCUGCGCCCGGGGGAAACAAUCGACGUGCCUGUAUGAGUGAAAGCGCGGGGGGAGGGCGUUCGUGCCGUUUUGGUAUACGUGUCAUAUCGGAACCGCAUCAUCGGAAACGAAACGUUUACCGGGUGUAUAAUUUCAUUUGGACGCGGGAGAGCUCUCGACGGGGACGGGGUCGUUGAAAAAGCGAUUAUUGUCGUCGUCGUCGUCGUCGAGACCGUCGAAACCUCCCCGGGCGUGUCUUAUUCGCCUGUUCGCGUGCUCGUCGCGUAGCGGGGAGACUAUUACAAUAAUAAUAUUAUUAUUGUUAUCACGACAUCCGCGUAACGGGAAAAACGGGAAACUUGUUAAAGUCGUUGCGCCGGAGGACUUGGUAUACCGUCGCGUAAUAAUAUUUUAUUUAUUAUCAUUAUUAUUAUUAUUAUUGUAUUGACGGACGGACUGUGAGUGGCUGAUGGGCCCCUCGAAGUUUUGCGUUUGUUAUUGUUUUAUCGUCAGCCCCCUCUCCUCACGCAACCACCCCACUACCCCCCCUCUCCGCCCACCUGUAAACCCCGCACCCGAUCGCGUAUAUACCGUAUUGCAGCUAUACCGAGAGCACACGAAACGAGCGGGAAACAAAAAACUGAAAAAAAAUAAAAAUAAAAAUACACGACUUGUAAUAUUUUAUAGUCGAAUCCGUUGAGCUCCGUGACUACAGUUUUCGACGACAAACGGAAAGGCCGAAGGGCGUGAGAGAAACAGACAGCUGCGGCCUACGAUUAAACGGGCAGCGCAACCACGUGCCUGGCACAGGUUUUUUGUGUUUUUUUUUUUUUUUAUAUAUACUCUUAUAUAUUAUCGUUUGCGACGCGCGAAAAUCGUCGUGAUUAACGCGCGGUAAAACAAAACCAUUUUGCGAAUGGUUAAUACAACAUAAUGCCCCUAUAAUUUACUAUACGCAAACCUACUACUACCCAUGCUCGUGUACACGCGGACCUAUUCAAAACGAUCGGUUUUAACGGUUUCUUAAAUUAUUGGACGGCGGGAAUAUUUUGUGCCCGAUUCGGUAUUUAUAUCAGCUGUCGUCUAACGUGCGUUACGGCGACCGAUUUGUAUAGAUUUGCCGACGAAUAUAAAUGCCAUAUCUUACAACAAAUUUUACUAUUUGUAUUGUUUUUCACGUGUGAGUUUAGAGUCGAAGAUUCGUACGUUUUCCCGUCGUAGGUUGUUAGAAUAGUACUUUAGAUUCUGAGCUAAGCGAGGACCGUAUUAGUUUUACUACGACUCGUGUUAUAUUUUUGUUGUCUGCAAAUACCUCUUCUGACGGAUGUCUUAUUUUGUUCUAAUAAAAAAAAAAAAUGACUAGGGAUCGUUUUUGUUCCAAUUUAGAUAUAGUUGGUUCCGUAAAUAGGUCAUUUUUUUUAUUUUUCAUGGGGUUUUCAUAAUAAUUGGGAAAAAUCGGGGGAAAAACCGUGUAGGAAAAACAGACAAACUUUUACGAUGCCACUGUGUUAACGAUUUCAUUACAUACAUUUUUUAAAAACCGUAAAAAUAAUGAGAAUAUUUACGGAAAUAACAGUUUUACUAUUGUUAUUAUUUUUUUUUUUUCGUAAUAUGUGUACUUAGAGACCUGAAAAUAUAUGAGAUUCCAGUAUCAAGUUUAAACAAAUUAAGUUUAGAAUUCUGACUAAAAUAGUAAAAAUGCCUAUUCAAGUUCAAGAGAAUUCAAACUCAAGGCACAUCGGAUAACCACAGAAGAGUACACAAUCGCAGACUGACGGACAAUCUCAGAGUUGCACUCAGCCAUAGACAAAUAAUCAAAGGAUCUAGGCGUCUAGAUUGGCGCACUCAUUUCGGUACGCGAUCACAACGUCUAGCAUGUAAAGAAGUGCACGACCAUAUAGAUUGGACCACAAUUUUAAAAUAACCUGCAAACAUCGCGUCCAGCGUCUAAAUAACUAAAUUUGAUUUAGUGGCAUACAAUCAUAGGCAGAGUAAAGAAUAAUAUUAUAAAUCUCUUGAUCAAAAAAUAAACUAAAAAAAAUUGACUUGAAAAAAUCUACUACAAAAUACAACUACCAAUAUUUUACUUGAGUCCUUUCCACCGCGAUUGUUUUGCGGAUAGUGCUUGUCCUUUGGCUGUUCAGCAACACGAGUUGAAACCGUUCCCGGAGCCGGUUGUCUGCAGUGCUGUAGCGGGGCCACUGCCAUAGCUGCGUCCGUCAGUUCGUGAGGUCCGUUAAUAUUCAAAUCCGAUAAUGCUCAUGGAGUGGGCAACACGACUUUGGAUUCGGUUCCUUAGACGUACACCACCACGUAUAGGUAUUGUGGUGUUGAAUCGGAAAAAUAUCGGCCGUCCAAUUCACGCAAACUGGCCAAACUCGCCUGACGUUUCGUCCACUAUACCGGUGUGGCCAGGCGGAGAACAUAUCUACAGUAUCAAUCACAGAGCGGUCGGUCACUCAUGUGGCGAACUAAGUCGUUGGGUCGUUGCAAUGUCUACAAAUAACGAUAAAUGCGAUUUGCCGGACGUACGUGAAAUUCGAUACAAAACAAGGAAGGUCGUGUACUCAUAGACAAGUAAACCGCUAAAACGAAAAAUUAUUUCAACAAUAACGGUGUAAAAUGAUUAUAAAUAAAAUAUAGUCGUCGGCUAGGCAACUAAAAUUAUACAACAUGUGUAAUUAUACUAAAAAUCGUUUAAAGGUGCGAUUUUAUAAAACGCGUAUGGAGAUAGGCGGCAAUUGCCGCGCAAUCAAAAUAUUGUCGUAAGAGUCACGUGGUACCAUUUACAUUUUACACAGAUUCGGUUACGGCUUGUUUUUUGCUUACUGAAUUCGAGUGUUUAAAAAUUAAAAUCGCGUCGAAUAAAAUAAAACUCAAAAACUCAGAAAAGCAAAAGAAGCGAAUUGGUCUACUUAUAAUGAUAAAGAAGAAGUCGCCGUUGAAUAUUUAUCAAACAAUAGCAUACCAAUGCGAGCGCAAUUCUAUCACUUCAAAUGAAAAAUAGAUAUUUUUGAUGGCAGUUUUUUAAUAAACGAUUAAAAACAUCAAUAUACUGUGACGUAUAAUAAUUAUAAUUAUAACUAUAUCAACUUUUUUUUUCAGUAAUUUUUCAAUCGAUCGUUUCGUACAGCCAAUAAACCAACCGUCUCUAUUUUUUACGAUACUAAAUCGAUAGUUUAAUAUUUGACAAGUAAAUUUUAAUUAAAUAAUAAUAUUUCUAUGAUUAAAAUGUGUAUAAGUAUUAAAACUUUUGGUAUAUAAUCGUCUUGACACACAAACGAUGUUUUUCGCUCCCGUCUUUGCAGCCGGGUAAAUUAACGCCCACGACUAAAGUAAAGCUAUAAGUAUGGUUAAAAAAAAAAAAAAAAACGCACGUAAACUAUAAUAUAUAACCGUAAGAAUGUAAAAAAUAAAAAAAAAAAUAGUCACGCCACGGCGUGCUUUAAUCGCGCGUUUGAACUUUAUUUAUUUUCUCAAGCUCAAAAAGUAUAGGUAUUUACAUUUUAAAGUCGAUUAAUUAAAACACGACAUGUAACGAAAACCAUUUUUUAUAAAGAAAAAAAAAAUAUAUAUAUAUAUACAUAAGAUAGAUAAGUAUUUAUAUAUUUAGUCAUAUUUUAUAUUUAGUAAUACGGUAUAAUUAUCAAGUAUACGUAUACUACUUGUAUUUAUUUUGUUAUUUUCCUCUGAAGCUUCGAGUGCUUAUACGGUCGUUGGACUAUACGUCGCUUAUAUGGACGAAUUUGCAAACACUUGAAUCGCAGUAUACUAUCGUAUCGGUGAUUUUCCAAUCGCUCGCGAUUCUGUUAGACUUAAAAAAAAAAAAAAAACAACUUAUAAUCGUAUAGACAGAAUAAAAUAGUAAAGAACUUUACAAUACGAAUAUAAUACUUGUAUAAUAUCGUAUUUGAAAUGUUUCUACGAAAAUUAAUUGGGUAUUAUUUUUUUAAUAAGUAUUUCACAUAUGAAAUCGAAUAAUUAUUUUAGGCACUUUUAUAAUUUAUAAUAUUUUAAAAAUAAUAUUUUAAACGGAUUCGACAUUUUAACCGGUACUGCUACUAUUUUAUUAAAUCCGUAUUGUAUUAAAAAAAAAUUAUAAUAAUUAUAUAAAAAUUACCCAGAGUACUAGUGAACGUACUCAAAGACGUAUCAUAGUUAGGUACUUUAAAAAUAGAAUCUAUACUGAAUUAUUUAAAGUACAUUAACGCAUAAAAUGUUUUUUUUUUUUGUAGCCCCUUUUUUAUUUCAUUCCUAGAUACGCCACCGAUUUCAUGUGUUCGCUUUUUGCGUUCGCGCGUUAGUAUGAAACAACGAACGGGUAUAUUUUAAUACCGUAAUACCUAAUACAAUAAUCAUCACUCAGGGACGUUUUCACCUGCUCUUGUUGUUAAAAAACAAAAAAACCGAAAAACCCCCCGCGAUACCGGGCCAUAGCUGCAGGUAUCAGAGCUGGAAGUGGUGAUCGUGUCGUGUGUAUGUUUUGUCGACCCGACGGCGAAAGGGCUUUCGGUCGGACACGGAAAGACGACGCGGAAGUUCGCGGGGCGUUGAGGUGACGGCGGACGGAGGGGACGGGCGGUGUAUAUAAUUAAGGGCAGAUGAGCUUCGGGUCGGCGGCACAGUCACGAAGGGAGCGGUCUAAUUGCUCGGAACGAACGCAAUUUGUCGGCGCAUUAAAAAAUAAUAAUAAUAUUUUUAAAAAAAAAAAAACCUAUAUCGCUCGUCCAUUAUACCCGUCCGUAUACCGCCGACACCCCCGCCGUUUCGAAUCGCGAAAACAAAACGUACUUGUAAUAAUAACGCGUUACGCUCGUGUAUUAUUGACGUCGAACAGGCGAUCCGAACAGUAUUCUUUAUGGUACGCCUUUUUCGCCGAUUGUAACAAUAUGCAUUUAACAAUUGUACAUCGUAUGUAAUAAUAGUAAUAUGGUCGGCGGCGUCAUCGUAAUCGGUGCUGCAAUUAAUAAUUUAAUUAGUGCUCGGGUUUACAGACAAUAUAUGCUUCCAUAAAGCUUCCACGAACGGUACACAGUGUUCCGGUCGGGUCGUGAUGUGUGCGGCGAAAACAAAUAAUUCACGUGACGACGCGAAUAGAAAAUACGGCGAUACUAAUCGCGCGUAUUUUCGCACGUUCCGGUGUUUUUUACGGUUGUUUUGAGCGCAUUUUACGAUUUUGAACCGUUUUUUUUUUUUUUUUUACGGGCGUGUUUAAUCGCGUAUGUUUGGCCGUUCGGAAAACGAGUUUACCAGUUCACCGAGCUGGCCCGAGCUCCACUCAGAAUCGUUUUUGAUUACACGCAGAAUUAUCGUUGCUUUCAAGUUUCAGUAUCCAAACCAAUUUACUCUGUGUAUAAGGCUAUCGGCCUUGUUGUUCCCUCAGACAAUAGUGGCCGAACCGCAGUGCGAAUUGUUUCCGGCUUUUUCUCUAUUAUUAUUAUUAUUAUUAUUAUUAUAUUAUUUUUAAUAAGUGUAUUCAACGUAAUUUCUUCACGCAAUAAGGUUUAUCAAUCAAUUAAAAUACUUUUUUUUUUUUUUUUAAUAUAAUUAUAUUGCUCCUCUCGCCCGUUUUCAAAUCUGCGAAAAUUCCGACUUUUAAAAAAAAAGUCUAAAAUCUCGGAUACUUACAUGCAUGGACACCGCAAUAUCCCAUCAAUCAGGGUGAAUGGAUAGUUUUUUUUUUUUAAAAUAUUGUCAGUAGUAUUAUCAUUUUGAUAGUAUCGCAACUAUUUUAGGGAAGACCGUUUUUUAUUUUUAUUACUACAGUUUUCACGACUGAGUCGAUCACGGCAGCGGCGUGUUUUUAUUGGUUGCUGUAAUAUUAUUUACAACAGAUGACAGCGCGUACGCAAUAAACGCCAGCGGACAAUACGUAUACGACGGUAGCGAAUAAUAAGCAAUACGACAAAUACAAUAAAAUAAUCUAAUAUCAUAAUACACAGGAUGAUCGAUCGUACCGUACAUUACGUAUUAUAGGUACUAUAAUACUCGCCGCGUUGACUUUGUACAUUUAGACGACCCGCAGUUUUAUUGCGUUUUCGCCGCGAAUUUUCCAAUUUUAUCAAUCCCGCCGUCGCCCGACAGUUUACACAAGCGUUUAACAUAUAGUGUAACGCGUAUACGCACUCGAUGUAAGUGUUAUUAUUGUUUUAAUACGGUAUAAUACGACGUUUGCGUGUGUUUAAUGAUCGGUAUAAAUGCAAUUUGUGUGCGCGUAAGCGUAAUAGAAAUAUAAAUCUAAAACACAUAACGAUAAUUAAUAUUGCCGCGCGAGGAUUUAGAAAUAUCACAUCGUCUUUAUAAUAUUAAAGAAAUAUCGUUCCGAACGCCAUCGUCGUUUUGACGUGUAGUUGGGUAUGCAGGAUCUAUCAAUGGCCAGAGGAAAACGUAGUGUGUGAAAAAUUGUACACAAAUCAAAAAAAAAAAAACUCGUAAAACUAAAAUGUCUAUAAAUAAAUUGCUUUAAAAUAGCUUAAUAAUGUUUUGAAAAUUUCACCAUGUCUAAAAAAGGUAAAUAUAAGUUCUCUGUCCAAAUUUAAAGUCUCUACAUGUAUUUUUAACUGAAUCACAACGACAAAACAAAAUCGAAAAUAAUACUUUUCAUAUACACAUUUUCCCGUUUAUAUUACGUUUUUUUCCAAUUAUUAUGAAAACCACUUAAAAAAUCAAAAACUGACCUGUACAAAGUACCAACUAAAUAAAAUUUGCUUCUAGAAAAGGUGUUGCAUUUGAAAUAGAAGCAAGAUUUCUAGUAGACGUUUUAUAUACAGGGUUUUCUUUUGCAUUAUGACAUGUUGAAAAGUAGGAGAAGUAGGUAAAGUAUGCUCUUUACAUGGGUACAUAUACACACCACAUGACGAACUGACCUUUAAAACUUAGGUAAAAUAAGAUAAAAUGCCAUAUUAGCGAGUAACCAAAGUAUAAUAUCUAAAUAAAUAAUUUUUGUUAAUUUUGUAAAAAACUUAAAACGAAUGUCAAUGAGUAUCGUGCGAGCGGGACGCAAACAUAAUAUUGGUAACGGGGAAUUUGACUGCUCAAAAUACUUACAAAUAGAUGUUUAUAAUUUAUCUUUGUUGUUAUUUCAGUAAAACAUUAUGUUAAUAAAAAGUACAUGGAGUUUCAAAACAAUAUAUUUUUAUUUGAACAAGUGGCGCCUCAUGAAAAUUAUCAUACUUUUAUCAUAAAUAUGAUAAGUUUAUUGUUUAAUGCGAAACGCAAAUAUCGAUACCAAAAUUAUGGAUUUGCAUUUAAAAAUGAGCCGCUGGUGCGAAUACGCAUUGGUUUAUUGGUACAAUGUACAAUAUAGUAUGACGCUAGAUUGACGUUAAAUAAUCUAUAUUGUUUGAUUGGUUUUUUAUACGUGGGGGUAGGCUAAAACCCCCAGCCCUCCUUAAUACGCGGCUGGUGACGUGUCCUCCAACCUAUAACAAUGAUGUGUAAGUUAAUCAAAAAUACACACCCGACUUUCUCGUGGCAAAAGCCAUCUCUUGACACAGAGUUACAAGUAUUAACGAACAAAUCAAAUAUUUUAUACGGAUGUUUAUAACCGACAUAGAUAUGGGCAGUAACGAGCGGUGUACUGUCGACAGUUGUUAUAUCGAUUAUUUUCACGUGCGUAUUACUUAAUAAUAUUAAUAUUUUUUGUGUGAAAAUCAGAGUUCGAAAUCUGUUGCAUGCAAAGAGGUUUAAAACGGUAUCUAAGGGCCGUUCCCGCCAACGUAAAAAAGGCGUUCAUCUGAUUCUUAAACUGAGUUUAUUGUUGAUGACCGACCACGAUUGGUCGAUUAUCUUAUAAACUCCGUUUAAAAAUCAAGUAUCAUCGUUUACGUUGGUGAGAACGGGCCUAAGUCUAAAAAGGCAGUUUUAUUCAUAUUACUAAGUGUACUUUGAUGUUACGUACUGAUGAGAAAACAGUUUUGUUAUCGAUUUAGACGGCAAUUAUUAAUUGCGAUUUCGGGGAAAAUGUUUUUUUUUUUUUUAAUUAGUUUGAUUAAAUAUACUAUAGGUGUUAUUCUCGAAAAUCACUUUUUAAAUCGAGUGGUCAGUUUUCAAAUAUCGGUUUCAAAAGCCUGAAAAUAUCGCAGCAAUAUUCACAGCCUUAUUAUUUCUUUCGGUCGUUCGAAACGGCUGUAAGCGGAUUUUCUCGUCGUUUUCGAGUGAUCACAGUCCACGAAUUGAACGCGAAAACGAAAACUUUAUCUAUACAUUAUCAGAUGUAUAGAUAAUGAUAUAUUAGAUCCGUAACGAGGGGCGUCCAUUACACUAGAAUACGGCGUAAAGGACGCCCUUCUUCUCGCCGCUCGCAAGUAUAAUAAUGUCUUAUCGAUUUCCGUAAUAACGUUUUUUAUUUUUUUUCAUCGAGUGGUUCCUGUUUAUUUAUUAUUACGUGCAAGUACUGUCGUCCUCGCGGCAAUAUUAUUAUAGUUAUAAGCCGUUCAGCGUUUUCCGAGUACAUUUUACUAACUGUAAAUCGGUAUAAACACGCAUGAUGAGUAAAUAUUAUUAGAUCUAUUACUAAUAUUAUAUUGAAGACCUUGGAAUAACAACCGGAAACUCCCCACGUAUCGAAAUUGUUCAGGAGCAAUAAACAAAAAAAAAGUUUUUAUUUUUUACCAAUUUAUCUGAAUGGUACCGUAUCGAAAUAAUUUUAAAGAAAAAUAACUAUACCAAUUUUAAUGGCAAAAACAAUACUUACAUAUUUAUCGGAUUCGUCUGAUUUGCUGUACGCGAAUAUAUACAGAAUUGUGUUACUUUAAAUUAAUCACCCCGUUGAAAAGUGUAGCGUUUUCGAAAAAAAAAUUUGAUCGGAGCAAUCAGCUCGGUAAACGGAUGAGGUUAUUAAGUGUAUAACUCGUGUUAUUUUUACCUUGUAGCCAAAUUAACCUAGAAAUCGUUAAAAUUAAAACCCUAUGCAUAGUCGUUAAUAUUUGUGUCCGUUUUUUUUGAAUUCUUUAAAAACCACCAUAACCUCUCUGGCGUGAACGAUUCGGAGCGUUUUCACUAAUCGAAAAAUUAUUUACCAAAAGAGGAAAAAGUAAAAACACAUCUUAAUAUGUAUAACUAUAACAAUUAUUUUUCGUUUGACUUUGUUAACGGAAAACAUGUUUUCAUCGAUCGCUGUUGACUAAAAUCGAACAACGUGAGCUAAAUUUUUAAUAUCCGAAUCAUUAUAGGUACUUCCGCACACGGAAACUUUCGACUAUAAUAAUCUAUAGAAAUAAAAAAAAAUAAGGCUUGUUGACUAUAAACGAUAUCUCCGCGCGCGAGUCCUCGAACGGAAUUCUUUUACUAGGUAUUAUUAUUAUUAUUAUUAUUAUUAUUUUUUUUUUUAUUGGUCUCUCGACACGCACACGCAAUAUAAACACACAUACACUUUGUACACGUAUAAAAAAAUAAUAGUAUGCUCACGAACGGAUUCGAGGGGCUGUCGACGCCGUCCGUGCAGUAGUCACGCGUUUCGGAACAUUCACCGGGGUCGACCGAAUCAUUGUGGUUAAGACGCUACACUCGCCGUCGUCGGUUAUGGAGAGAUACUCUAAAGAGAGAAACGGUCGUGUUAUUAUGUAUUCGUAUAAAUAGGGCUCGGAAGUUAUACAUGAGGUAAAUUCGCAAUAUAUAUAUACGAGCAAACAUGCACACAAAAAAAGGAAAAUAUGCAUUAAAGUAUGCGCACAACAGCGUUAAAAAAUGCAAACAAUUCAAUACAUAGUAUACAAAACAAAUAAUGCAUUUUAGUACUGCAGUCGUAUUUGUAAUAGGACCGUGUGUCCGUUUAUUGUGUAUAUAACAUAAUACAAAAAAUACUGAAAUAAAAUAACGUCGAUCGCAAUUGAGAUUAUUAUCGUAUACAGAGACGAUCGCAGGAUGGAAUACAGAUAAUCCAGUGGCGUCAAUCAGAGGGUGUUGGAGUGCCGGGACCCACGACGCCCUUUGAUAAUGCAAUUUUUUGCGAAUUUCAUCUGCGAGUUGAAAAUUAGAUAAAAAUAACUUUAUUUAGAAAUUAUUAUGUCCUCAUAUUUGAGGAUAUUUUUUUUUUGUAUUGGAAAACCUCAAUGCUCGAUGACACGAUCAUAUUUGUAUAAAAUUAAAUAAUCAUUUGUAAUAUUUUUCAUUACGUAUUUUAAAUCACGCCCUAUUAAAAAAAUAAUAAUAAUAAUCAAAUGAAAUGGAAGAACUUUAUAAUUUCGUGAAACAUUUUAUAUUAAUAAUACCUACUUAAAAUUCUUUCCCGACUAUAAUGGUAGGUGGGUGGGUACCUAGAAACCCGCGUGAAAAAUUGUACUUCAGCGCAUCGAUAUUUUCUUUAUUCGUCUUACACAUACGCAGUGUUUAGAAAAUUUAGAUUUAUACCAAUAUUCCCCAUCGUCAAUCAGUACGAUCGGGGUGCAUCGAAGCGAUCGAAUUCUUAAAACGUAUUCAAAUUCUAAGUAAAGUAUUUAUGUGAAAUCGGUCAAGUCGGAAUUUUUGAAUCUUAAUUUCCAAAAAAUUUGAUUUGAAAUUCAUAAAAACAUGUAAAAAUAAAAAAAAUUCGAAAAAAGUGGUCCGAUCGGUUUUGUGUGACACUUAUUUUCACCGAAUUCAAAUCUGUUUUCAGAAUUCCUAUCACUAAAUUCACUACAUCUUACUGACUGUAAUAAAAUGAUUUAAAUUGCUUUGUUGCGUAUACGCGUAUGGUGGAUAAAGAAAUAAAAUAUCGGUAAAAGCACUGCCUUCCAUUCUACCCGUCUAUUGAUCCACUUCGCUGAAAUUCUGUUAUUUUUUAUAUAUUUCUUGUUUUUAUCGAUCUGGUUGGCGAGUCUUCUUAUUGGUCUGUUCGGAUCCCUGGUGUCGGAUUUCAGCUUUGUUCUACCUAUUCAGUUUUCCACGAACAACUCCUAAUUCUUUGUUUGAUCUUAUUUCAUACGAGUUUAUUGCGUCAUCUCAUCUUUGCUCGAUGUUCCUCAGAAUUCUCGUAUCACGUGUGGUUUGAUCACGGUUUAAAAUAAUAUCUUAAACUUGAAACUGUACGUCGAAACGAGUAUUAUGAAAUAUUGCAUGUGUACCUUGUACAUUUUCCAAAUGAUUUUUUUUUCCACGCGCGUAAAUCCGCGUAAAUAUACUAUCAUAUAGUAUUAUAUAGUAUGUCGACAUUUCAAACGUACAGAAUAUUAUAUUAUACAGUCUGCUGCACGAAAUCGAUUUAAGCGCGCAUAAUUCGUCUAGGUCUUUACUAUAAUAAUAUAAUAGGUAUAACUUGCGGGAUUCUAAAUAAUUUACAACCGCCGUGGUGUAAAUGCGAUGUCUAUAUGUUGAUUUUAACGAGCUUUGCGCGCGUAUUAUCUAUAUCCAGUAUAUAAACAGUAUUAGACCAUAUUAUAGAACACGAUUAUAAUGUAUAAAUAUUAUUAUCUACAAAAGACGAAUUAACCGCAAGGCGCGUGUAGAUAACAAAAACACGACCACGUCGCACGUACGUUUAACGUCUUAUAAGAUGUCAACCCGAUUUAUAUAGGUAGGUGUAUACCGUAUUAAAUAAAAAAAGAAAUUAAUUAAUUUCGUGCUCCGCCAUCGCGAUUCAAAGGCGAUAAUAUAAUACUAUGCGAUGAAGUGGCGGUUUUACAGAGGAGGUACAGGGUUACUGGACCCCCCUCCUCCGCAGACUCCGAAUUUAGACUACGAAAAAUGUCAUGAUUAUUAAACUUAACUUAAAUUUUGUUGUCGAUUAAAAAUUUGGUACAUUCAUGUAGAAAAGUAAAAUAAAUAUAUAAGUUAAUUAAAACAAAUUAAUAAAUGUUUGUUGUAAACUUGUGUUGAAUAUAUUAUUGUAAGUCAAUAUCAAAGGACGCCCCUCUGCUCCUCAGAAAAAAGUUCAAAAACCGCCACUGAUGCGAUGGCUCAAUAUGAUAGUUGAAGAAAAUAUUAUAUUGCAUUACUGUAAACGCGUAUUUAGAAUAAUUUGAUUACAUUAUAGAGCUCGUGCAUAACUGUGUAUUUUAAAUGUACGUCGGACUUACGAAUAAUGAAAGCAUCGACUCAGCAAAUUGUGAUCCGUUUAGACGAGUAUACCUACGUGUUUGUCCCAUAACCCAUAAAAAUAACGGUUUGGCUGAAUAAGUUAUACUAGGAAACUGCAACAAUAAUAUUCUCUUUCUCAUUUAAUUUUCAAAAGGAGUAUAGUUAUAGAGAAAAAACGUCUGAAUAUAUGGAUACAAGAUACUUAUACAUGUAUUUAAAGUUUGAACAAUACAAAUUAAACUAUUAAUUACAUUUUUCACGCAUGUAUAAAUAGAUGCGAUUGUUUUAUCUAUUUAUUUGAAACCUUUUUCGAAAUUUUCAAUUUAUUUUAUCACAUUAAAUGUUUAUUGAACGUUUCUGAAAGCCAGGAAAGGAAAUGCUCCUGCUUGCCUCUCUCCCAUUGGGUGCCAACGUGGGUAAGAUACAUUAAAAUAUAAAAAUUCUGUAUCUGACAUAAACGUAUUUAAGAUACUUGUAUCGAAAUUACUUCAGCAUACUUCCGGUUCUGGGUAUCACUUGCAAGACGACUGUACAGAACGUAAAAUUGUAUAGCUGAAAAUUAAUAACGUCUACGCACUCGUACGCCGCGAGAGAGAAGAAAAUUAUCUUAUCUCAAUAAUUAUAAUUAAACGUCGCUAUCUUCUUUACAAAAAAAAAAAAAAAUCGACCGACGGCGGUAUAACCGAUAAACGAUAACAUAAUUGUAUGAUAUUAUUAUUAUUAAACGUCGGAAAUUUUAAAAAUAUGCAAUUUUUUUUUUUUUUUUUUUUAAAACUCCCUUAACCAGGAGGUUAUUACCGCCGGCUGUAAACACGCUCGUGAUCUGUUUUCCCGAUUAGAAAAAAAAAUUAUACUUUUUUUUUUUUUUCUGAAAAUGUUAUUUAACGCGACGCGCACAGUCCCGGAAUAAUUGGCCCGACACUCGCGGCGAAUCGAUCUCCCGCGCCGCCGCACGUACACGGCCCGCACAUCACGAGAAUAAUAAUAAUAAUAAUAACAAUAUGUAUCCGCCGCCACCGCGGCCGCCGGACAACGGUUUUUAGGGGCGCGCGCCGCCGCUCCCUACCCCUCCGGUAGCCACGCCCCGCGGCCAAUCGCCGCGCCGCGCCACUCCCCCCGGGACGAGUUUUUCGCGCCCUCCCCUGCACGAACGCCGCUCCGCCGACGGGGUCGCAGCGGUCGGCGCGCCGUUCAAGUGGGUUGCUCGUCGACGACCGACCCUCAUCGCGUCUCGAGUGUCCGCCGCGUUGGUCCGUCUCUCGUCAUAUUCCUCCGGUUCUCUCCGGUCCGCGUCGAUUAUUAUUCCGUUCAUUCGGUUUAUUUUUUUUUUUUUUCCCGUCUGUUUCCUCUCCGUUCGACGGUUACCGAAGAUACCGUGCCGCCGCAACAGACGCGUAUACGGAUACUGCCCGCGCGAUCGUCGGUCACACGAGUACCUAUACGCCGAGUGUUGAUUGUUUUCGGUUGUUGUUGUUUGUUUUUUUUUUUUCCACCGAGUUAUAAAACCGCGCGUAAACGUAAAUACAGACGGCGUCAAAAUAAUAUUAUAACAAGCGAUACCGUGUUUUCGCGCCCGCCGUACACGCAGAGAAUUCCGACGGCUCGUCCGGCCGACUCGGGGGGGCACGCGCGACGCCGCCCCGGAUUCGAGAUUAUUCGCCAUCUGCACCCGGCACUCGGCCGUACGAAAGCACGCGCCGCCACCGCCGGCGUCAUCAUGUCGGACAGCGAGAGCCCGAAGCCCGCCGAAGAGGUGCUCCAUCACCACCAUCACCAUCACCCGAGGAUACCGCCGUCACUGCUCGCCUGGUGCCCGACCAUCAUACCGCCCUGGUACGCCUGGUGCAAUCCGGCCGCCCUGAGGUCAGCUUUCCCGGGGUCAGUAUUUAUACAUAUGGUAUAUUUUAUUACGGCACACGAGUGAAAACCCCCUUAAAAAAUAUCCCAUAUUUAUCGCAUACCUACCUAUAUUACGAGUAUAAUAUUACAAUAGUAUAGCAUGGCCGAUAUCGCGAAAAUCCCAUCGUACGAAAUUACAAAAUCCGAUAGACAUAACAAUAACCUAAACCGUAACGAAUAUUCCCGAUAACCGGCUGAGGAUUCGCAAACUGCGGGAUUCGAGAAUUCGAAAAAUUAUGGACUGUGUGCGCGGUAUUAAAAUACGGUAUUAAAGUCCCCCGAAAAAGUCGUGGAACGCCGUUUUUCAAAUUGAGAAAUUAUACGCGCUUCAAAAAAGUAAAAAUAAUUCGACAAGCACUCUUAUGGUUAUUCGUUACGCAAAAUUAUGCCUUACGCCGGUGUAUUCGCACAUCCCAUUAAACGGAAAACGCUCAAAGCGAACAAUUUGAGUUUAAUUACCGCGUACGUUUAAACGUCGUCGCGGUUUUUUUAUGAGUCUCGGGCCGUCAAUUUUAAAAACGAAAAACACCGCGGCUAUUUCGUUGUAUUACACGGGCACAGGUAAAAUAAUAAACGAUUUCGAACUGUUUAAUUAAUGGACAAUCUAUAACAGUAAAUCUUGCAGUAACCUCUGGACAAGGCAGUGAUAACCAAGCGAAACAAAUACCGUAUACAUAAACGAUUAACGUUUCGAAAUACCGAUCUUUUUAAACGGCGAAAACCGAUAUUACGUAUUUUAUUAUAUUCUAACGACAGUCAAUCGUGAAAAUACCGUUUAAACAAAUUAUGUUUGCGCGCACACUUCGCGUUCGGUUCACUCUGUAAAUUAAAAUAGUGGUUUUUUUUUUUUUUUUCGAAAAACAGAACAAACUUUUGUUUAUAAAAAGAUCGGUAAAAUCACAACGAUAAAUCGAACAUAAACGUUAUCGCCAUAUCAUUUCCGAGUGUGAAUAUUACAAAAACGACGAGAAAUUACAAACUACCUAUUGAAAUACAUAUUAUUAUAAAUUUGAACAUUUUCAAUAUUGAAAAAUCGUAAAUCGAGAAAAAAACGUAAAAACAUUUGGACGCUUAUUAGAUUUAAAAAAAAAAUUCCGUCUUUUAACUAUAUAAAUACUCAUUGUGUUGAGUGGUAUUCACGUACACGCGCGCGAUGCUGUACGACACUUCGAUCAAUUUCGGAUAUUAUAUCUCUCGAAUUUCCCCCUAAAUACGCCACUGUACGCAUAAUUAAACAUGAUAAAAUAUUAUACAAUGUUAACCGAACGGAAAAAAAAAGCGCAUGUCGACGGAUUGUAUAAAAUGCAUAUUAUUGCAUAUAGGUGUAUAUUUUAGAGCGAUAUUAAGCCCUCUACAUACUUAAAUAUUAUUUUAAUAGUUAAUUUUGUACUUUACUAUAGUAAUACUUUUGAAAUUUAAAAAAAAACUACUCUCGUCAAUUAUUUCUAUACGGUUCGAAAAUGAAUUUUAAUGUCAUCAAAAUCAUAGAUACCACCUCGCAAAUCGGCAGUAUUGUUUCGAAAUUGUUUUUCAGAAUGUGAUUUAUUAAUGAAAAAAUAUAUCGAUCGAAAUGCAUCACAGUGAUGAUAUUUGUGGUAUCUGCCUUUAAAUAACGGGUGAUAUGAUGGAAUAUAAUAUGUAUAGCAAAAUUUGACGUGAAACGAACGAAAAGGCCUCUUCGAAUUUACGAUAAAAAAAAAUCAUGACUUUUGAAUGUUUGAGCUGUAAAGAGGCUAACAAAAUUGUCGGUUAUAGUUUAUCUCUGAAACUAAUUUUUAAAAAGACCAUUUCGUAUGUAUUUCGAACGAAUUUUUACGGUCACGGUCGAAUAUUGCACUUGGGUUAAAAAAAAAAAAGGAUUACCUUUCUCGGUUAUUAAACCAAACUGUACUCAGAUCAAAAACAGCUAUGUAAUGGCCGAACUGCACUCGGGUCAAAGAAAGGUGUUUCAACAAAAAUGUUCGAAAUAAUGAAAUGAAAUCGGUCUGAACGUUUUGAAAACGCUAUAGUAUCCCUUCUCGCUUACAACACAAUCGCCGGCGUGAUUGAAUUUACAAAGUUCAAAAAACGCGUUUGAAUUUUAAUUGAAUAUUUAAUUGCGUUUACCGCGACAACGAUGUAAACCCAAUUGGCCGAGUUUUAAAAAACAGCGCCGCGUUAUCCGUUUUUGAUACGAGUGCAGUUCGACGGUGCGUUUAAUUUAGAUAAAAAAAAAGUGCAGUAUACGAUAUCGGCCGUCCCGAUUUUCGCUAUGUUAUCGGAAUAUCGCCGGCCUCUCUCGAUUCGCUCGCUCGCGUAUUGACGAUGACGACGCGUGACGUCACGAAAACGAAAAUUAAAAAAAAAAAAAAAAAAACCACUCCACUAACACCUGUCUAAUACAAUAUCCUCCUUCGACUGGGUCUUAAAAUUUAACACGGCCAUAUUUGACGGGGUUAUAAACGGCUUGCGACGUUCGUCGGGUAUAUUAUUAUUACGUAUCCGAAAUAUAAUAUAAUUUGGUCUGAAACCAUCGUCGCUGGCACCCAGUUAUCGUAAUAACAUAAUAUUAAAUUACGGAAUAAUAAUCGUUUUGCGUUAUACGACGGUAGGUAGGUAUUAUUACGUUAUGCUGCGACACGACGGCGGGUCGGUAAAAUACGAUUAUUUCCCGGUGGGUCGGCGUUAUAUUAUUAUGGGACGACCCACCUAUAGAGAAAAAAAAAACUAAAUACCUCAACGAUACGAGAGAAAAAAAAAACGGUAAUAUUAUAAUCGAAACCUAUAAGUAUAUACUUAAUAUACUUAUAAUAUUACUAAUAUAUUAUAAUCCCGUGGCCAAUAAACGUUAUUGAGCGCUUCGUCGCCCGAGACUCGUAUUCGUAUAGGUACGUGCUGCGCGCAUAAAACCACUGUACUACGUGUGCGCCGCAGUGCGGAUUAUUCGAGAGAGAAAAAAAAAAUAAAAAAAAUUCACGUUUAUGGUCCCGAAGACUAGUGACGACAACCCGCGGUCCCGGGCCGUCGCGUUGCGGUACGGUACCUGCGUAUGGUUAAUAUCAUUAUCAUUAUUAUCAUUAUGAUUAUUAUGAUUAUGGUAUUUCUGACGCGGGGCCGACUGGAAAUGUGUGUACGGCUAGAGAAAAAUAAAAAAAUGUAUUAAAAAUUAUUACGCCCGCGUACAACUCAAUAAUAUUAUCAUCGUACGUUCGGUACCCGUUCGCCCGUAUACGUCCGUACGCGCGUCGCGCGGGAUUAAAACCGGAAAAAACCGAACCCGACUGUUCGGAUCGGGGCAAACCGGUAACGGGCGCGCGACGUUUUCGGACGGGCAAUAAUAUUAUUAUUAUUAUUAUUAUUAUUAUUGUAAAAUAUACGCCGCGCCGGCAGUCGUAAAAUAAUGGCUUUUAGUGUGCGCACAAUUACUAUCAUCGUGACCGUAAGGUGUAUCGGGGGCCCCCGUACGUUCUACGCGGCGACACUGUUCGAUCGGCCGCGCGUGUGCGCCCCGGCGUUAUUUACGAACCGGGAAACCGAGCGUCCGGCGGGCCCGUCCGCGUGUGAUAACGUUAAAAAAACGACGCGCGCGGGCGCGUAUAACGCGUACGUGUAUAACGGGUACCUGUAUAACGCGCGCGCGCGCACCGUUUUAUUGGUGCCGACCAAAUUACUGUCCGCGCGCAUACAGGGUGAACCGCGACCACGUGCGGGUACGUGACUUCGAAUACAUUAUCUCGGCCGCGCGGGUCGUAAAAAGCGCCGCCGGUUUGCGCGCUCCGAGCGGACGCACGAUUAUCAUUAUUACUAUUAUUAUUAUUAUUAUUAUUAUUGGUACUACUCGGCGCGCACAAAGGUGUUCGUAAUAUUUAUAACGUCCGUCCGACAAAGCGACGCCCGCGCCGAAAUAUUACGCGCCCGCGGUGGCCGCGUGUAUUUUUUCGAGUGGGAAAAUGUAUUACGAACAAUAAUGAAAUAUCGUACGCACGACUUCGAAUUAUGUCGCGAGCAGUCGCGUAAAUCGGCGGCUAGGUGUUGGGGUGGGCGGAGGUUUGACACGGUUUUUCGAGAUCUUACGGAACGGAGGCCACGCGCUUCUCUAAGUCGGAAUUUUUUCCCGGGAUAAAGGGCGGGGGACGCGGUUGUGCGGUAGGUUUACGAAGAAAAUAAUUAAAAAAUCGUGGUAUGUUAUAGUUGUUAUUUCGUUCAAACAGCAAUUCGAUUCAAUCAAAUUUCUCUCGCAUUUUAAACAAGACAUUCAAUUACAGCAGAUCGUUGGUAGAUAGCACAAGAAAAACUAUACAGAUCUAGUCUACUUGCAGACUUCAGAGCCGUAUUUCAUUCGGUCUACUGGAUCUAUCAGUACUGCCAGCACGGCCAAUUCGUUCAAUCGGUAUUAUCUUCUUCUUCUUCUUCUUCUUCUCCAAGCUCCUAUCCGUUUCGGGUGUUAGAUAUCAUAUUGCCUUGUUGAGUGAUGAAAGUGAUCCUGUCGAACGGUUAUAAUGGACAAAAUACUUAGCUAUUAGGUACAUAAUGCGUGCUUGUGUAUUGUACCUUAAUUUUAAAUCUUGAAUACACAUUUGUCAUCGUAUUCGCGAACAAUUUUUAACAUUGCUACCUUAGCUACCAAUAUUACGAUUUUACUUGGAAUUUUAGUUCGAAUUUAAUCGAAACCAUUCAAAUUUGUACUUAAACAUUCUAAAUUGAGUUUCGAAAAAUGUUUUAUCCGUUAUUUAUAAAAUAAAAAUGCCAAACGGUGGAAAUCCGAUACCCAGAUCCCUCCUCGUGAUUACGCCGCUGAUUAUUAUGUACACUGAUUGUGCGUCGUUCGUUAAAUCUUUGGUCCGGGGAACUUUAAUCAAUUAUUGGCUUUUUUAUUUUUAUAUUUUCGUUUUACGCGAUUUGCUUUUCGUCAUUUACAGUCUAAAUGACAUACGUGCAUAAUAAGAUAAUAUGCAGGUAUUAAACAAUUCUAACACGUGUAUAUUGAAAAUCAAAAUAUCUCGAGUCAUUAUGUAUGGGGUAUACAUUUUGUUCGGCAAAAGACACAAGUCGUAUAAUUUUAUGACCGUACUCCAUAUUAAUGUUAGUCCAUUUAGCAAUAUAGGCGUCAUUAGGCAAUUUUCAAAAUUUAAUUAGCUUUUAUUAAAAACUGUACACAAUUGAACAACAAGUCGUUUUUCCCUGGGACCAAUGAAAUAACGUAGUAUUCAUUCGUCUGCACGUUAUUUUCUGUAAUGUUAUCAUCCGCGUGUAAUAAUAAACACCGGGUUGAUGUACGCAAGGAAAAUAUUGUAAAUUUUAUAUUGUAUUUUAGUAAAUUAUCAGACAUCUUUUGCACAGUAUAGAUCUCUGUUAUCGAAUCGAUUGUCUCGCGCAUACCGCCCGAAUUCGUAUAGUAUUACAACAAUAACAGGGGUUUCCGUUCGAGGAUUCGUAGACUGCGAUCGUCCGACGAUAUUUAAAACGAUAACAAUAUAUUGUUCGGAUAGGAUCAUUCGGUUUAUAAUAUUAUGAUGAUAUUUGUUGAAUUGACGACGAUAUUUUACGACGGAAACGAUAAUUUUGUGCCCGGAAAACUCUCAACGAAUUUUGAUCGUCGGUUUUAUAAUAAACGCGAGUAAACCGUAUGUAGUUUAUACCGAUAGGGGGAAUACAACGAUCUGCGCACUGUUUGUGCCGGACUGCGUUCUCGGAUCGAAAUGUCUCGGUUAUUGUAGAGAUUCGACGAGUUCUUACUGGAGACGACGAUUCUCUGUCCUAGAUCAUAGACAAUCGCAGCAAUUCGGACUGGUUGUUGUUGAAUGUAAAAAUUGAAAUUAAUUUAUAUUAUUAUGUAGAUAUCUAAAAUUAAAAAAAAAAAAAAACCUAAUACUGCUUAUGUACGUGCCACUGCCGCGGAUGGGAAUUCGGAAAAGUAGAAUAGGUACAGAUAUAUUAUUUAUAUAUAUAUAUAUAUAAGCAACGGUAAAUCAUUACUAACGAAAUACGAUUCUGUGGGAAAUUCGGCCUACGGCAAAUUUUGAAAUUCCGUAAUUUUUUUGCCGUUAAAAUGUCAAAUGUUUCUUGUAAAUAGCUUAAACAAUUUCGAAAACUAUAUCGUAGCUGUACAAUACGCGUGGUCCGUACACAUUAUUAUUUUUAUAUUAUUAUCGUUGUUAUUAUUUUCAACCGAAUUACAAAAACAAAACAAACGCCGCGGUCAAAACCAAUAGACAUUGUUCAGAAUCUCCGAACAACUAAUAUAGUGUUGUUUCCUUGGUUUCCGGCGGCGGAUAUCGCGCGGUGCACUCCCGGUGUCUCGCACGCGAGGGCGCCAUCGGGCCGUCGUCGCCCGAUACGGAAAUUUCCCGGCCUAACAUUUCACGUACGCGCGGUGCGAACCGAGCCCGUUACUCCGGAGUUCGUCACUCGGAUUUCUCUCGAUUUCCCCCCCCCCCUCUCUCCUAACCUCACCGCGCCACGCCUCUCCUCCCCAGCCACGAUAUCGUUACUCGCGGCCUUUACCGCCGGCGAGCUCCACGGCGGCAACGCGACGCUGACCGCCAGGCGAUCGCGUAAACCAACAGCGCGACGCCUGACAUAAUAAUAACGCGCCGGUUUCGAGUGCGUGUGGGUGUAGGUACUUACGGGUACGCAUUUAUUAUUACAUGUAAUGCGGCGGCACUGUUACAAUAACACCGUCAACAACAGGUGUCGUUUUCACUUCACAGCGGUCGGCGGUACAAAUUUAUUAUGCGCGUGUACGUUAUGCGUAUGCGGUGUAGACGGCCGGGCGGCGAGCGCACACAGGAAGAAAACGUGCUCGAUUGGAAUUCUCGAGGAUUUGUCGGCGGCCGAAAAUCCGGUGUCAUCGGGGAGAGGAAAAAAAAAAAAAAGAAAAAAUCGGCCGUUGAGGGUUCUCCUCGCUCUCGGUUCUGACGUAUCACUCGAUGCGAACGGCCCCGAUUCGAUCGGCGCGUACAACUCGCGCCGCCGCCGCGCUUUAUUAUCGUACUGUUAUUAGGUUAUUGUAGUUUUAUUAUCUUCGGCACCGCGUGGGCCGAGGGCGAGCGCGACCGACGAAAGGUGUAUACAUAUAUUAAUAUAUUAUUAUUAUUGUUAUUGCGGCAAUCGAAAUAAGAAUCGAACGAAACGGCGGGAGUAGGGGGCGGUGGCGGGGGGGGGAUGGUGCACGUUUUGUCGGUUCGGUUGAUGUUCAGGUACUAUGGUGUAGCUGCAGUAGUCGCGCGCAUUGGUCGCGUCUCGGGGCUCGGAUUUUAUACAGCGUUAAAAACUACUGAGAUACGCGCUACAAUGUGAUAUGUGACCAACAAGACGUUCAAGUGCGUUCUAAAACCGUUAAAAAUGACAGAAAAAAAAAAAAAAGGAGUAUUGUUUUUUGCCCGUUUUGUUUUGUUAAUUAAUCAUUUAAUACGUUUGUUGUUUUAUCGGAUUACCUAAAAAUCCAUUAGAACAUGUUACUUAUUGACGAACUUUGAAGUGCGGUUAUUUCUCUUAUGGAUUAACAUUAACGACAGAUUAUUGUUCUACGAUUUUUUUUUUUCGAUUUAAACGAGAUUUAUGAAAAGACAAAAAAAAAAAAAAAAAUUUACUAUCACGACAAAUAGCACUAUAAUCAUCUUUAAAUUCUUCAGAUACGCAAAACAUACCUGUAUACNGUUAUUACGAUACAGCGUUAAAAACUACUGAGAUACGCGCUACAAUGUGAUAUGUGACCAACAAGACGUUCAAGUGCGUUCUAAAACCGUUAAAAAUGACAGAAAAAAAAAAAAAUUUACUAUCACGACAAAUAGCACUAUAAUCAUCUUUAAAUUCUUCAGAUACGCAAAACAUACCUGUAUACAAUUUUAUAUUUGAAGCGCCUGGAUGCAUGCUAAUUUAUAACUCAAUUAGCUAUUUGUGUCCGUACCUCAUAAUUAUUGUGUCGCUAUAAAAUCCAAACCCCCACAUACAUAACGUUAUAUCAUAGAAAACAUCCGCUAACAACUUUGCGACCUCUGUCAAACAGAAAAGACGAAAUCAAUCUUUGGUUCCGGGGAUGAAAUAAAUAACGUCUUUGUAGUUUUCAAUACAAAUUAAUUUUAUGUCGACGCACUAUUACGUUACGCACGUACGAAUUUCGAAAAUACUUAUCCCGUUCGGACCAAAAAAAUGACGGGUAAAAAAUUGCAUAUAGGAUACAAUUUUAAAUAAAAAUCGACUUCAGCUCUUCUUCGCCGGGACUAAAGAUGUCACCGGUAUUUCUCGUAAUUAAUGUAUACGUUGAGAUGUCGCGAAAAAUAUUUUAUUUUUUUUUUUUUUAAGUUAUAUGGUACAAUAAUACGCGCACCGUUUCGCAGUACACCGCAAAAUAUAAUUAUGUUGUCUAACGCGCCAUUCUUCGUUUUUGUGCGUUUCAGGCUUUUGGACAGUAUAAAAAUGCCGAGCAAUCAAACGCGGCCGUCGGGUUUCCACAUAUGCGACAUUUUGGACUUGAACGACGGCAAAGUGAACUCGACGGACAACACCGCAACUACACUGGGUUCUCACAAUAUCAACGGUAAGAACGAUUUUUUCGUUGUGCGUUCUCGAGACGACGCGGCGUGUUUAUUUUAGGCUUAUUUAGUUAAAAAAAAAAAACAAAACUCACUUGUUCAUAAUGUUGUUUUUCCGUAACAGUUCCCGACGUGCACAACGUGAGUACGGGAUUUCAGUUUCCCAGCGUCCUGCAAUCGUCCGCCGACCUGUUACAUCACUGGCCCACGUCACUCACAGAACUCAGAGGUAAGAUACUAACGGAAAUUAUCAAUAAUAUUAGAAUAAAUUACUUAUCGGCGUUUUAAGAACACGCGCGUUUCUGAGCAGAACUCAGAUUAUUAUCCGAUCGCAACACGAUUUAUCGUUGGGUUUACAUAAAUUAUAAAUUAUCCUACAUGAAAUCUUAUAGUUUCCCAGAUUCCCACCUUCUUUAACGGUGCACCCACGGUGCGAAUUAUAACAUGUUCUAAUUUUUGCUUACGCGUUUACUGUUGCAAUGAAACGAAGUUUACUCGAAAAAUCUAUUGUUUGAGGACUGUUCGUAGAUUUCUAUCAAUUGUGUAGGUACUACAAACACAAAACGCGCGUAAAAAUAUUAUAACGGCUUUUGAAGAACGCGCGUUCCUUCCGAAUACUGGGUGUUCGUUAUAGGAACGUUUUGAAAAAUAUUUCUAGUGUAUUUUUCACAAAAAUCAAAUACAAAACGGUUUAUUUUUAAUGUCAUGUCACUUAUGUGUUAUCUAUCUUUGACUUAUAAACGUACGACAUUGCAAACUUUCGUUCACCAUUGACAACAUUGUGCUGUUAUAGUUGUAAUAUUACAGCGAAUUGAUCUAUUGUCAAACUUAAAGAUAAAAACAUUAUCUGUUCGACGUUUGCACUAUUUUUUCAAUAUUUUAAAUUUUAAGAGAAAUAUGAGUGUGUGCUCUAUCACAAUUUAAUGGGUGAUGCGUAUACCUAGUUAGGGUGUCAGAAAGUUUUUUUUAUUGAUUUGCCGUGUAAUUUUCUCAAUAAUUGGGAAAAUUCGGCGUAGGAAAUACGCGAAAGUUUACGACAUCAAUGAUUUCAUUAUUUUCAAUUAUUAUAAUCUUAAUUAUUUAUAAAAUAUAUAAUCUAUUCUAUGCAUAAAAUAAUCGCAAAAACCAUACGUUUUCACAAAAUACUUUUACUUAAUGUAGAUUUUUGAACAUAUUUAUAAGCAUUUAAAAUUCGUCAUGAGGAUAAAACUGACCAGAAAUGCUUGAUGAGUUUACACGAGGUUCAUUAUUAUAAGUCAUACGGAGUAGCACAAAAAAUAAAGUUGACCGUAAUGUAGUAGUUUUACUUUUUUACUCGUUCGAGUAUAAAUUUUGACGAAAAUCGUAAAAAAAUUAUGUCUUUUCACAACGUAUUUAACUGAACUCCGCUCAGAAUCGAUUUUCGUCAGCAAUAGUUUAUCGUUACAAAUAAACAACUCUAACUGCGACAGCGACAGCGAAACGUCACAUUUUGUUCCGCAAGAACUUCUACCAACAAACUUUUGUUCCUGAAAAUGUUCAUCAUGACGUCAUGCACGUGUUGACACUUUAUCGGUUGUAGUUUUAGAUCACGACGAUUAUGUACGAAUUACACACAAUAGUACGUAUAUAUUACGUAAGGUUAUAGUACUCGAACGUUUAAACGCACUUAUAAGCAAACUCAACUUUUGCCGCCCCUUAUACACGUAAAUACUACGUCAACAAUUUUAAACGGCACCUGGUCGUGGGCCUGUAUGUCACCUACCCCUUCUUGAGUCGGGCCCGGUCAUACUCAUCUGUAUACAGUUAAUAUUAUAGUAAUUAAAAUACAUACGGUUAAUAGAGGGAGGCAGGGGUCCUUUGAGCCCUCCCCCCCCCAUAAAUACGCCGUCGGCCUUAUAACUGUUGGACGGUAAUAAAAAAAAAAAAAAAAUCCGCGAAAAAUCCGAUCCCGUUAAAUCGUCAAACAACGCGCGCGCAGCAGCGUGUGUAUUUAAUACGACUGACAAUGACGGGGAGCUAUAAAGAGAGAGAGAGAGAGAGAGAAAAUGCCGGAAAAGGCCGCGUCGGUUAAUACGUAGGUAUUAUUAUAUUUCAUUCCGCGCUGACGGGUGGGGUGGCGGGGGGGGUGGCGGAGUGACCGAGAGUGCUGAAACGCGAAUUAUUUAUACAUGUUAAAUUGUACGAGCCGGUGUGUACAUUAGGGUUGUAUAUUGUAAUAUUAUAUACGUAUUGUAUUAUAUUAUUUAAUGGCGGUCAGACGUUAAAAAACAAAUUUAAACCCGUUAUGUACGCGGGGUCGGAAAGGGCGGUCGGUAUACAUAUACGUAUGUAUGUAUACAAACACACACACACAGCGGACGGGACGGCACGGAGUUUACAAAUUAAAUAAGGCUCCCGGCGACGCCACUGCCGCCGUAGUAUCGCGCUCACCCUUAACGCGCGUCGGUAUAUACGCACACGUGCACACACGUUUAUGUAUAUAUGCGUGUGUAUGCGUAUAAUAAUAAACGCGUAAACCCGAGACUUGUGCUCGGCGCAAAGCUCGGUGCCCGCGUCUAAGUGGAUUAUAAACGCGCCCCCUCUCGCGCCGCGGGACGGCGGCCGCGGCGAACAGAUUUACGGCGGAUUUUCUCCGCCCGUUUAGCGCCCGCCGCCGCCGCCGGGACCCCGACAACGGUUUAUAUUAAAAACAGAAGUAGCAGCGCCCCCGAGUAAACCCGAGUAGUUGGUUUAUACGCGCGAUGUAUUAUUAUUGCGGCGGCGGAGCGCGCGGGGGAUUUUUUUUUCGCUCCUCGGAGGGGCGGAGCCGAUCGGUUACCUAUCGGACGUUAAAAAAAAAAAAAUAUAUCCCCCUUAACAAUUGCAAAAUAAUCAAACGAGAAAACAAUAAGCUAUCGUCGAUUUCGGUCUCCUGGUUUUUCCGCCGUUGGACGGUUGCAGCUCAUCUGUUUGGCACGCCGUAUUGAUAAUCCGCGGUGGAGGAUGACGGAUUUGUACGUGCGCUUGAAAUCCGCGAAAAAGCCCGGUUAAAUAUUCCGAGGAAGAAGGGUUUUAAUACCCCCAACCCCCCCUCCGCCAUUUUUCGGAAUACGCGUUUACGGGGGUAGUAACGGUUUUUGAGGAACCCGAUUUGAAUGUGUCGAAUUCUAUUGUUUCUCGUAGAUCGGGGACGUUUGCGGAUUUCUGGCCGGUAUGAUUCGAAACGAACGGCGACGGUCGAUUCGUUAAUUUACGCGGGCGUUUUCACGCGUGUGCCUCGCGCACGAGAAACGUCCGUGGAAAUCGCGUCGGGAGUCGAGCCGCCGAGUUUCCGACUUGCGCAAGACUCGGUUAACGGCCGCAGCUGCGCGUCCGGCGGGCACAACGCGUUUACGGCGGCGGCGGCGUCGUAAACGCGGUGCCGUUGCGCGCGAACGCCCCGGAAAAGUCGCGCGUAUAGACACCGCGCGCGCCCACAAGAACAACGGCGGUGACGUGUAAAGGAACGUUGUUCGCGGCGACGGCGACGCCGGGGCCACGUUAUGCGUUACGCGAACACGUGUCGGCUUUUGUGCGGCGGACGCGGACGCGACGCGUUUCAUUAUGUCCCGAUUUGCGCGUGAAAUCGCGCGCGACGCCGAAAUGCGUUUCGUAUGGCGUUUUGAAUACCCGCGCGCGGAACAUCUGCGACGCGCGCGUACGGUAAUAAUGUAAUAAUAAUAAUAAUAAUACGCGCAUUAUGUCGCGUUGUCGCGUUCGGGAGCCGAACGCGCGCGCGCGCUAUACGCGGACGACGCGGACAAUCGAUCGGCGCGCGUGUAUUACUGUUAUUAUUAUUAUUGUUAUUUACGGCGACGGAUGAGAUCGUGCGCGUGCGCGCGCGCCCGCGGUGUGUAUUACACACCGCGCGCGGGGUGGAGUUUGGCGACGACGGGGCGUGACGCGACAACCGCCGGCCGGAGGUGCGCGGACCAUUGUGCGGAUUGCACGGGGGUUCGGAGAGCGCAACAAAAAGAAACAGGAAAAAAAAAUUAAAAAAAAAAAAAAAAAACCGUACGUAAUAUUACACGUGGCGUACAGUAGUAGGUGGGCCCGGGGGGGGGGGAGACGGCGGGUUUUUUUUUUCUCGCCAAAACCGAAUAACAUCAAUAGGGUACACGGAUAAUCCGCGCGUACGUUGUCGCGGUACAAUAGCCGCCGCCGUUACCUAUGACACGCACGCAUAAUACACCGUCGCGACAAAAGGGAGACAAAAUGGUCGCCUCGCGCGGACGCGAAAUACAUCGCGCGCCGUUUGUCUCGAGAGCUCGCGAGUCCGCUACCCCGUCGCAAUCGAUACACAAUAUAAUACAUUACAACAAUGUACACGUGUAAUGCGUGUAACUGCAAGGACGGGGCGGGACGGCCGAGAAAACCGGGGACACCUAUACAUGCCCGGGGUGCCGCGGAGAAACCGUCUAAGAAAACAAACCCCCGGGGGACGGGGGAUCGGACGGCGGGCAGAUGCGUCGCGGGCGACGAAACACGGACGCGGACGAUUAGCGUUUAACGACUUUUCGGUUACCGGCCUGCGAUUCCGUUGUUUGGGGGCUGCGACGACCCGGGGUGCGGUAACCGAUACCGCGCGACGAUCGUUUAUUCGCACCCUCGGUGUGCGAGACCGCCGCGACUUGAAAAACCGCGGUUUUCAGAAAAUUCAAUUUUAAAAUAUUAUUUACCCCCCACCCCCCCCCUCCCCCACACUAACAAACGGUUGCUUUCACAAAGCUUUGCGCGUAUCCGUGUUACCCGUAGCUCAUUAUUUUAGAUUCUGAGCGGAGCAAGGAAUGUGUUGGUUAUACAAUGUUGUUUUUUCGUUUUUUUGUUUUCCAUCUGUAAACAACUUUUCUACCAGUAAUUUCGCUCCGAUUUACAAUUGAAAAGAAAUCUGACGGGAGUGGUAUUUUAGGGUGGUUUUUUUUUUUUUAUUUUCUCAGGAGUUCGCCAAAUAAAUGGGAAAAACUCAAGAAAAACGGGAAAAUUGCUACAAUAUUUAACAAAUAUUAUUAAAGAAAAUGUUUAAUGCAUACUAUUAUGUAAUUAUUUUACCAUAAUAUGAUAUAUUAUGUAUUGUUUACAUGACAACCAAACUCGUUUUAUCGUUAUUAAUGGUUAAUUGUUGCGUACAAAUAUACAUUGAAUUUCCGUCUAUAUCCUACCUACUCAACUUUAGUUCCCUACAACAGUAAACGUACAGUGCGCCCAUUUCCAUUAUUCUGGGACAGUUUUUUUUUUUUUACAUUAAUCUACUUAGAGAACGAGGUUAUGGCAUUAGGAAUUGGAAUAACCAAACCGCCACGUUUACAUUCCGGCCAGCGAGAGAAGGAUCUCGUUUCGUAUGUGGCAACACACGUCUCGGGGAACUAUUUCCCUACUCAAACUUUCCGGGCAGCACCGUCCUGUCACGCCGUGUACACGCUGUGUUAUACAGCUAUUGAUGUAUUCGAUGGUGGGAUGGUGGGUUCCUUCUCUCGUGGGCCGGAGUAUAGUUUUGCUACGACUUGUGACAAUAUUAACGUUUCGUAAAGAAAAGUAAUAGCUAUCGAACUGUAGCUUCAAAUCAGUUUCGAUAAUCGGGUUCUCGGAAUCGGUAACAAAUUAAAAACUACGUUUACCGGUUAUCCGUAAAUAGUGUCCACGGCGGUUCUAUCGGUAAAUAUUGAUUAUGAUAACAUGAGAUGUUUUGCAAAAAAAAAAAAAAAAAGGUAUUGGUUGGGGUCCGCGAUUUCUAACAGUCUUUCAUCGAGGGUCCGCGUGCACCGAAAGUUUAAGAACCACUGCUGUACACAGCAAACAAAACGUUUUUAUGAUAUUGCAACCGCGCAGUAAACAACAGCUGAACAGCUGCAAACGAUGCAGCGAUUCGGACGCGCUUUGGUUUUGUAAGUUACAACAGAGUAAAAGAUUCUGUUGUAACGGGUUUUGCGGACUGGGCUUAAAAAUAUCGGUUCAUCGCCCGUGGUAUCAAUUUCCACUUAAAAGUCGCGGUGAACGGUCGGUAAUGUAAUAAAAACACCGUAAUCGGACGAAGUUUACCGGCGGUUAAAGUUGGAAAAACUUCGGAGGUCGACUAUACUCGCCGAUCGUUGGGGGGUGUACCGGGAAAUUAACUAAACCCAACCGAACUUUUGGGAAGUCCAUCGCGGGGACAAAACUUCAGAAAUGUCUUUCACUCACACCGCACAUUCGUUUAUAAAAACUUUAUACUAUUAGGGUUUUAAAACGAACCGUACGAAACACACCCACUCCUCAAAUACUAUCCUACGCAUAUGGCAUACCACAUGCUUGCAGCUCAGUAUAAAUUAAAUAGAGUUUGAUUACGUAUAACCUAAUGGGUAUUUAAGAAUUUACCUUGAAUGAAAAUAAUUCGAGUUUUUAAAACGUACCAUUGACAAUAAAACUGAAACGUUCCCCUUCCCCAGCCGAACCACCGGAGUUCGCAAGUAAAAAAAAACAGCAAUUUUUCAAGAGUUGCAGUAAAACGUUACUUAAAACGAUUCGAAUUGAAUUCCGUUUACUGAUAUGUAUUAUUGGCACAACCUCGUUCCGUUUAGAGCGUUUAAAAUGAAUAUAACAACACGACGAACACCCUCUCCGUUACCUUAAACAUAAUAUCUAUGUUGACUCGUUUCUAAUAUUGUUAUCGACACGCGCGUAUUUUCAAACGUCCAAAAUUUACCACCGUGUGUAUUCGGUUUGCCCGCAGGAUUCGGCAUGAGCCACGGGACCCAGCAGGCCAGCCCGGACAGCACGUCUCCCGGCGUGACGGACCUGACGGACACGUCGAGCACGCCGAGCGGCCUGGCGGCCGACACUUCGGUGAGCGUGGGCGGCGGACCGGGAUCGGCCGUGGGCGCCGGCGGUAAAGGCGAACCGUCCGAGGCGGACGGCGACGAGAUGGACGACGAUUUCGACGACGAGCCGGGCGCCGCGGUCGGCGAACACGACCGGUCCGGGUCGUCCGGCGCGGGCGGCGGACACCCGUCCGACGGCAACGGGACGGUGCACAACAAGAAGCGCAAGCGUCGCGUCCUGUUCAGCAAGGCGCAGACGUACGAGCUGGAGCGCAGGUUCCGGCAGCAGCGGUACUUGUCGGCGCCCGAGCGCGAACACUUGGCGUCCAUCAUCCGGCUCACUCCAACGCAGGUCAGUUGUGUUUUUGCGCGGAACCGUUUUUUUUUUACGAUCGACAGUGUAAUAUUAUCGUUGUUGUGGUGUUGUUUUCAAACCGAUACGGCGCGCGUGAGAAAAGUCAUCGCGAAUAACGGGCCGGUUUUCGGGCACUCGCCGCGCCGGGAUAUAAUAGGGAGACGCCGAAAACCGAGGGGAGCCGCCGCGUCGGGAGGGUGCCGGCGCCGGGGGAUUCGUGAACCCGAGGGGGGGAGAGGAUACCCGUGACAAUGAACGCGCUGUUUACGCGAUGGCGGACGCGAACGUUGGAUAACAGGGGUGGGUUUCGGCCCGACGGCGGUGGCGCGGUUACGAUUUCGCGCGAUUUCCGACCGAAACGGCCGUCGGAGAGUGUCUAUUUCGACCGGAAUAAAAAUAAUCAAAAUUCACGGGGAAUCGAUUACGACGCGGCGUUCGAUUCACGGCCACGGCGGUUCGUCGGUCCGUACACGGUUUCGUAUCGAUUUUCCUUAUCGGCCGUUUCGUCGUCGAACGAAUUAAGAUAUUUCGUAACGCCGAUGUGGGCGGAUCACCAUCGUCAUCGCGUCGUCGUUAAUAUUCUACGUUUUUUUUUUUAUUCAUACUCUGACAAAUCGGGAAUAUCGCAUUAUGGGAUUCGAUAGGUAUAUUUACGCAACUUGAAGUGCCGCACAAUCUCGUUCCCCGAUUAUUACAGGUACGCCGGUCGGUUGACGUUGCACGUACAGAGCACAAUAAUUUAGAGGCGUCCGUAUUAUACAAUAAUUUCUAGACUCGUUCGCAAUCGAGAAUUUUGACAUCACGACGAUACCGCAUGACGUGCUUAAACCCGUAAACGCACCUGAAAUACCAUAAUCGGUAUUAUUAUAAUAAUAUCAUACUCGAGUGUUUGCGGGUGAACUUAUUUAUUCGUCGGCGUGACCCUCUGUCCGUACAUAGUGAAAAGAAAAAAACAGCAUUUCGUGUCGACAAUGGGUUAAGAGACGGUUGACAAAUAUCGUCUUAACAUACUAUUUCCUCCGUUCAAACCGUAAAAACCGCAAAACCGUAGGGUAUAAACAGAUAAUAAUAUUAGCAUCGAGGAGUUUGUAGAAAUUGUACGUGUUUGUCUUUUAUUCGUAGGCAACCAGAAUAGAUUCUGUCCUGUAACCUCUGCUGAGUUUUUUCGAAAAAGUGGUUUUUCGCACAUGCGGUGCACACCGGUACCUUUUCAACUGAAUAUUAAUGACGCCCAUUAUAUAAUCAAAAGAGAACGAUAAGGAGCAAAAUGUCGCGUUUUUUCCAUUUUUCCCGAAUAUAACAGUCCGCAAUUUACCGUUUUACAAAUAACGACUUUUUCGACGUUUUCAUUUUUUUUUUUUUAAUUCUCUGAAACUUAAAAAAAAAAAUUAAAAUAAAAUAACUCCGCGCCCCCCGGAAUAUUGACCUCUGUUAAUUUCGUAAUAGGUGCUUUUAUUCGCGAACCGAAACCAAUCGAGCUCUGUGUAGUCCGCGUAGGCGCGUUUUCACUAUGUAAUUGUUGUUUGCGUUUGCAAGACGGAAACAGCGAAUGCGCAGGCGCGACGUCCUCUCUUAUAUUAACGCGCACUAAAAAAAAAAACUCCGCGUAAACAUGGUGGUGCGCUAAAUGAUGCGCAAUAUUCUGUUACCGCAUCCGUCUGACACGUACGCCGUUUUUGCCGCGUGUUUCAGGUGAAAAUCUGGUUCCAGAACCACAGGUACAAGACGAAACGGGCACAACAGGAGAAGGGCAUGCACGUCGACCAUCACGCGGCGGCCGCGGCCAACGCGCUGUCGUCGCCCAGACGGGUGGCCGUGCCCGUGCUGGUCCGGGACGGCAAGCCUUGCACCAACCAGCAGCCAGGCGCGGCCGGCGGCGGCGGCGGCAAGACCGAGCAAAUGGUGUUGCCGUCGUAUUCGCAUCCGCUGAUGCACGGCCAGACGCCGAGGACGUGGUGGUAACCGCGCGGCAGUCGACGGUACAGACCGCGGUAGUGAUCGACGUACGCGCGGCCGACUGCUGCAGAGAGUACUAAUGUUGUCUUCCUACAUAUGUAUGUUUCGUGGGCGAUGUAUAACAUCUUCCGGCCACCGUACACGCUGUAUAAUAUUAUAAUAUGUGUAUGCUGUAUGUACCUAUAUCGUUAUUAAUAAAAAUGAAAAAAAAAAAAUAAAUAAAUAAAUAUUAUAAUCGUAAAAAAAAAAAAAAAAAACUGUAAUAAAGACGCGCGUUGAUAAUAUCGUACGGCGCUUUCGGCGUCCAAUAUUGCAGAUAUAAAAUAAAUAAAUAAAUAUUAUAAUCGUAAAAAAAAAAAAAAAAAAAAAAUCAUAGUUCGACUAUACCGACUAUAAUAUUAGAUACACACGAAUUCCCAUCUCGCUCGGUACGAAAACCUAACUUAUAGCAAUUACUGUCGGUCCGAACGUGCAGAUACCGCGGUAAUGUCCUAGUCGACGGAAAACCGCGACGGGUUUAGAGACAAAUCGGAGCGUACAACGAGUGGGGGGGGGGGAAACUUCGGGCCAUUCACGGGAAUCUGAGGCGUUUCGCCCCCCGGCGAACCGUCAGUUCGUCGGGUAGAUUUUCGGUUGAGGUCAUUUCACCGUCGUCGUCGUCGUCGUUAUCGCGAUCCGAAAAGAACCUGUGUACACAUACGCACCCGAUAAUUUUAUAACCGUCGGCCAGACGAAACGGAUAAGAUAUUGAUAACAAAUAAAUAUUUUGUCGCGGUCGUCGUGUCUGCAACGUGAUAUUCUUAGUACUUACCUGUUAUUUUUACGUUCGGGCAGUUCGCCUAUAAAGUUCUAAUGUACCUAACCGCUUCGCCCGCAAACGCAAACAAUAGUUUCCGUCGAUAUUCGAACAGAUAUUAUUGCGAUCAGCGCGAAAUCCCCCACGCCGGGGCUGUGCCGGUAUAACCACGUGAACCGUGGUUACACUCUUAGAUAGAGAAUCUUCAGCGUGUACAAAAUAUUCGUAUAAUAUAAUAUUUACUUUGGCUAUAACGGUACUCGUAAUGUUGUUGUAAUGUGCAUUGGAUUUUUGGAUUAUUCGUUUACGAGCGUUUCGCCGUUCGAAUCGCGCAUCGUGUGAUUUUAUGAUGAUAAAAUGCGGCGUUUCUUUUUAUUGAACAAUUUUUAAUGUUUACAAAAUAUUAUAUAAAAAUACUACUAACGAGAUUUUGUGUAUCGCAAAAACGUAGAGCGUAGUGCGUACGCGUAAUAAUUAUUAUAUUCGGUAAAAGAAAACAUUAAUUAAAUAAUUAAUAUUGUGUCCAUUUGUAAAAAAAAAAAAAAAAAAAAUGCUAAAAAAAAAUCUAGGCUAAUUUUAUUAUCAUUAUUAUCCUUAUUAUUUAUUAUUAUUAUUAUUAUUAUUAAAUACUUUGAUAAGAGUUUAAACAAAAAAGACUAGUCAUUACGUGUAUUUAAUUUGUUUACAUAUAUUUUUAUUGUUAGAACCGUUAUUUGCAGCGCCGCUCGCUCGGUCGCAUAAUUAUAUGUAUUUUUUGUAAUUUUUAAGUUGUACAUAGAGUAAAAGAAAAAAAAAACGAACGAAAAACACACGACGGUUGUUGAAUAAUAUUAAUUGAAAAAUUACUUGGUCAUUUAUAUAUAUAUAUUAUUAUUAUAUAGAUAAAUAAAUAAAUAAAUAAAUAUAAUUGUUACGAUAAUGG